UGCUAGGAAUUAUGAGUGCUUUCAGACUUAUGAUUCUAGAAGUCACCACAGGUCACAUUCAAGGUCUAGGGAACGCUCCAGGGAUCAUGAUCGCCACAGGGACAGUCGGAUCAAAUAUAUUUGAGGAUGUGAGCUACAAUUCUCUAUGAUUCUGGCAAUAAACUCUUUAUCACCUGAAGCUACAUCCUUCUUUCUUUCCUCUUUUUCUCUAAUCCUUACGAGGGUAAGAAUCUUACUCAGCAUUUUUGAGUGCUAUCAUCUAUUUCUAGUAUAUUUCCCUUAUUAUUGGAAUACAGUAUAGAGAAAUGGCUGUAAAUCUUGAAUAGACCCAGAACCAACCAGGCUUAAGGCAUAGGGGUGUAGCAAACACCUGUACUGUAGAUUUUAAUGCGGUCUUUCUUCACAUAAAAAAACCCUGGUUUUUUUUAAUCUCAUCUAAAUUCUAAAAUAUCUUGACUACUGUUUGAUUAUGAUGAGCUGAUGAAGGGAUGGCAUUCCUUUGGUACCUUAUUAUAUUAUGACUUGUUAGUUAUUGCCUGGAUUUGAAUCUUGAUCUUGACCUCAAAACAAAGUGAUAGAUAUUUGUUGUUAUAUUAGGGAUUGAACCCAAAACUUGUGAUAGCAUAAGUAAUUCUAUCACUAGACCAUAUAGCUGAUGGUUAAGAGGGGUAUUUGUUACUUGGUGAUUUGUGUUUGGUAUUCAAUAUCAUUGGGGAUGUAAGUUUGCUUGAUUUUACUAUUCCAAUUUCCAUGUCCGCAAUUUUUCAGUUAAGUAUUUAAAAGGAGAACUAAUAUAAUGAGGUUGAAAUU